AUGAUUCUUCCAUUAAUCUGGGAUCAGUGCCUUUCAGAAGCUGUCAAGGACUACGAGAGCGCAUACAAAAAAUACGAGGCAGCGCUGCGCAAGCACACUGAUGCAGCCCAGAAGCAUGAAGCCGAGGUGGCAGCGCUUCGCACCCAGGCCGCGUGCCCCGACAUCGAUCCGAGGCAGCGCACAAAACUGGACAAGAAGGUGAAGGAACUGGUGGCGAAGGCUCCGAAGGCGCCACUCAAACCCACACCACGCAUGCAGCAGAACGAGGUGCCCCUGAUGUUGUCUCUCGGGGGCGCACUGAAACUUCUCUUGGGUAGCUCGACGUCUGCUCCAGAUCGUUUACGUGGGGCACAACUGCUGUUCUCAUACCUGCAAGAGUUCAAGCGGAUUUAUGGGCUGGAUGCGAUGGUGCCGAACCAUCACUUCGCAACGCACAUCCCGCAACAGCUCGAAGAGUUCGGCACCGUAUAUGAAAUAUGGGCAUUCCUGGCAGAACGCCUCAACAAAACACUCAAGAGUACCAAUCAAAACAACCGGCGUGGAGGCCAGCAAGAGGUCACCAUGAUGCGCGAGUUUGAUCGCCACAUGCAGGUCCGGGCCAUUGUACUGACCUUUACGUUACGGCACACAUGA